ACUCGAUCGUCGGGAAGCUUUUCAUUCUGGCUUUCCCUUCCCCUUCCUUUUCCCUUUCCCAGCCCCAGUCAUCCCUCCCUCCUUCCCUUCUGCCUUCCUCCCCUAUUUGUACUGCCGCCCCGGGUCCGGGCCAUCUUCCGGGCCGGGCACACUAAGGUGCGCGGCCCCGGGGCCCAGUAUAUGACCCGCCGUCCUGCUACCCCUCGCUUCCCCCGCCCCAUGUGGCUGCGGGGCUGUGGCGGCGCUGCCCACUAUGGCCCGGAAAGCAGUUAGCAGGAAGCGGAAAGCGCCAGCCUCGCCGGGAGUUGGGAGUGACGCUCAGGGCCCGCAGUUUGGCUGGGAUCACUCCCUUCACAAAAGGAAAAGACUCCCCCCAGUGAAGAGAUCUUUAGUGUACUACCUGAAGAAUCGGGAAGUCAGGCUACAGAAUGAAACCAGCUACUCUCGAGUGUUACAUGGUUAUGCAGCACAGCAACUUCCCAGUCUCCUGAAGGAGAGAGAGUUUCACCUUGGGACCCUUAAUAAAGUGUUUGCGUCUCAGUGGCUGAAUCAUAGGCAAGUGGUGUGUGGCACAAAAUGCAACACGCUCUUUGUAGUGGAUGUCCAGACAAGCCAGAUUACCAAGAUUCCCAUUCUGAAGGACCGGGAACCUGGAGGUGUAACCCAGCAGGGCUGUGGUAUCCAUGCCAUCGAGCUGAAUCCCUCUAGAACACUGUUAGCCACCGGAGGAGACAACCCCAACAGUCUUGCUAUCUACCGGCUGCCUACACUAGAUCCUGUGUGUGUGGGAGAUGAUGGGCACAAGGACUGGAUCUUUUCCAUUGCAUGGAUCAACGACACUAUGGCUGUGUCUGGCUCGCGUGAUGGUUCUAUGGGACUCUGGGAGGUGACAGACGAUGUGUUGACCAGAAGUGAUGCAAGGCACAAUGUGUCACAGGUGCCUGUGUAUGCUCACAUCACUCACAAGGCCUUAAAGGACAUCCCCAAGGAGGACACAAACCCAGACAACUGCAAGGUCCGUGCUCUGGCCUUCAACAACAAGAACAAGGAAUUGGGAGCAGUAUCUCUGGAUGGCUACUUUCAUCUCUGGAAGGCUGAAAAUACACUGUCUAAGCUCCUGUCCACCAAAUUGCCAUAUUGCCGUGAGAAUGUGUGUCUGGCUUAUGGUAGUGAAUGGUCAGUAUAUGCAGUGGGCUCCCAAGCUCAUGUCUCCUUCUUGGAUCCACGGCAGCCAUCAUACAACAUCAAGUCUGUUUGCUCCAGGGAGCGUGGCAGUGGGAUCCGGUCAGUGAGCUUCUAUGAGCACAUCAUCACUGUGGGCACAGGGCAGGGCUCUUUGCUGUUCUAUGACAUCCGAGCUCAGAGAUUCCUGGAAGAGAGGCUCUCUGCUUGUUAUGGAUCGAAACCCAGACUAGCUGGGGAGAAUCUGAAACUAACCACUGGCAAAGGCUGGCUGAAUCAUGAUGAAACCUGGAGGAAUUACUUUUCGGACAUUGAUUUCUUCCCCAAUGCUGUUUACACCCACUGCUACGACUCGUCUGGAACGAAACUCUUUGUGGCAGGCGGUCCCCUCCCUUCAGGGCUCCAUGGAAACUAUGCUGGGCUCUGGAGCUAAUGACAGCUAACUCUCCCAAAAUGCAGAGAUUUACACUAACUUUCAUCCUCUGUUUCCUUGUUUCUUCUUUUGAUAUUUUCCAAUUGUGUGAAGCCCUCAUAUUUUAGUGGGAACAUCAGUUUGCCUAUGGUUUAGGCACUCAACAGGAAGAAGCUCUGUACAGAAAUCUGAAGGUUUUGUUUGUUUUUUACCUUUUUUCCCUUUUGGUAAUCAGAAUUUUACUGUUUUUUCUUUGUGGCUUAUCAACAAAGCAUUUUUAGUCCCUAUUUGUAUUUUUUUCUUCAAGUGACACACACUCUCCCCUCUCUGGCUUCUUUAAAGGCUGACAGUCAUUCUCACCCUUACUUCACUCUUCAGUGGUAGAGCUCCUUUACAAUUAUGUGGUUGCUGUCAGACUUUCUGUGAAAGUUUGGGGGCUGUGUGUGCAUGUGUGCGCGCGCGCACAUUGUGUGUGUGUGUGUGUGUGUGUGUGUGUGUGUGUGUGUGAACUUGUGUGCCUGUAAGUACCGUGUGUUACUGAAAUUACCUGGAGUGAGGAUACUUGUAAUUAAAAUAUUUAUAAAAGAAACAACUUUAUUCAGAAUCCAGCUUUGGGACUAGUCUUUAUCUUGUUUUUUAAAGUCUAACAACACUGAUUAUAGGAAGUAACAACAGAAAGGAAAACAAAUCACCAGGAAAACUCUUUGAGUUAGAUUGCAGGGUUCCUGGGGCCUCUUUGUGCUUUGGAGUCCUGGCAAUCCAUUCCCUUCCCGUCUUCCCAUCUGUGUGUCCCCUAGGUGAGAACACUUUUGUGUAUGUGUCACUUCCACUUAAAACUUCCCAUCUGAUUAGCCAGUGGCUGCUUCUCUAAAACAAGAGUCUCCACCCAGAUGCAGCUCUGGAGGCUGCAGAAGUCUUGCUAGGACUUGGUAAACAGAAUCCCCAUCCCAACUUCCCUGUCCCUCGCCUCAAACAAGAUCUGAUCUGGUAUCUCAGGGGCCUGGAGCUGGGGGCCUCAAGUCUGCUAAGAUUCACAUACUGAGUCCCCUUGGCUUUGGGAAGAAACUUCUUAGUCUUUAAUCUCUCCAAUGAGUUUUGCUUCUGUUUUCUAAAUUGGAUUUAGUCCAGGAGGGUGGGGGUGAGCAGGGGUUCUAUCUCUGUGUAGUGAGUGCUGGGGUUGAAGCCACCUCCCACUCUUUUGGCUCAGCCCUGGGAUGGUGAUGGGGUGGCCACAGCCAGCAAUGUUGUGCAUGUAAAAGCAUUGGUGUGAUUAGUAAUUUGUUCCUCCCUUGAAUUGUCUGUUUAGUCUGAGGUUUUUAAACUUGCAGGCAACUGACUGAUCAUGAUGUCCAGUUAUUCCUUGCUUUUUAUGCAUCAUGUUGCAGAUAACAGCUGUUUUCACCCACAAAUUCCUCCUCCAUUCGAAGCACAUACUCUGCUUCUGUCAAUGGCCCGUUCUGGGGAAAGGAAAAGUCCUAUGUAUUCCUGCACCCCAGUUUCUAAGUUGCUCUCCCAGUCAUCCCUCUCUGCCCCAGGUGUAAGUGGGGAGAUUGAAAAGAAGAGUGUCUUUACCAUGAUGAUGGAGGCUGGUGGGGAGGGAAGCCAGCAAGUCACCAUAUCUGGUGGUACAAUGCAUACAUCACAGGUUCUAGAAUUCCCAUCUUCUAUCCUAGAGAAAUAGGUGCUAUAAACAGGGAA